AUGAUCUUCACCUCGGCCUCCGAGCCCGUCAAGGAGCUCCCCGACGAUCUCGAUGUGUACGGAUGCAUGUACGAGUACUUCCCUCCCAGCCGUCCAGACUUGCGCAACACAGGUCUGCCACUCUUGAUCGACGAGGAGACCGCGCAAGAGCUCACCUUCGAGCAGUCCAAGGAGAUCACCGACCUUCUGUCGGUCGCUCUGUCCGAGGUGUGCGGUCUUGGACCCGAUACUCGAGCCAGCAUCUACGCUACCAACAGCGUCUACUUCCUCAUGACCAUCUGGGCCACACACCGGAUAGGCGCUACACUUUCGCCUGCCAACCCGGCUUUCCUGGCGAAAGAGUUGACUUUCCAACUUGAGGCGUCCGACUCAAAGCUGCUUUUCAUCUCGGACGACGAAGUCUCUAGGAAGAACGGUUUCGAGGCUGCAAAGCAGGCCAACAUUCCCAAGGAUCGCGUGAUCAUCAUCCAGGAGCCCAUGACGGUGCUCAAAUACUCCGAGUCCAACUACGGCCGAAUCCAGCGCAAGUCGCAAGGCGCUUGGACGCUCGCUGGGCUCAUCGAGGAAGGCCGUGCUAUCGUCAAGGCUAAAGGUCAAGCCAUCCUCGAUUCCACUCGUCACAAGCUCAAGCCUGGCGAGGGAAAGACCAAGAUCGCCUUUUUGUCCUUCUCGUCGGGAACAACAGGCUUGCCCAAGGGUGUAGCCAUCCAACAUUACGCUGUCACAUCGAAUGCGCUGCAGACCAUGGCGCACAACAAGGUCGGCAAUAAGAUCGGUGCUCCCGGUCGCUUCUGCCCAGGCAAAGACGUCUCGCUUGGCAUCCUUCCGCAGAGUCAUAUCUUCGGCUUAUCGACUUGCUCGCAUUUUGUCUUCUUCGCCGGCAUCGCCAACCUCGUCAUGCGAAAGUUCCGUGGAAUCGAGGCCAUGAUCAAGACCAUCCUCAAGUACAAGAUCAGCGUGUGGUGGCUGGUCCCGCCACAAGUGGUUCUCUUUUGCAAAGAUCCCAGCGUAGAACCGUAUCUUGACGACCUCCGUAGAUUCAGCCGUUUUGCCAUGGUCGGUGCCGCACCACUUUCAGACGACCUCAGUCGUCAGUUCACAAAACGUUUCCCAGACCUCGAUUGGGGUCAAGGUUCCGGUAUGACGGAAACGUGCUCCGUCACAACCAUGUUGCCGGUCGGCGAGCGCGCCGUGAUGGGCUCUGCCGGUCGCCUCAUCUCCAACACUGAAGCCAAAGUGGUCGACUCCAACGGCAAAGAACUUGGCUACGACGAGUUGGGUGAAUUGUGGCUGCGAGGACCACAGAUCACGCUCGGCUACACCAACAAUGAACAGGCCACCAAAGACACUUACCUUCCCGGCGGGUGGCUUCGCAGCGGAGACGAGGUCAAGAUCAGCCGUGAGGGCGAUGUGUUCUUCAUCGACAGAUUGAAAGAGUUGAUCAAGGUCAAGGGCUUCCAGGUCGCGCCUGCCGAGCUGGAAGGAUUCUUGCUGGAUCAUCCGGACGUGUCGGAUUGCGGAGUAAUUGGUAUUCAAGACGAAGCUGCUGGUGAGCUUCCCUUUGCGUUCGUUGCACUCUCGCAGGAUGCCAAGAAGCGAGUCCAGGAGCAAGAGGAAGCAAUCAAGAGCUCUAUCCUCAAGUUUGUCGCCGACAACAAGGUCAGAUACAAACACCUCUGCGGUGUCGCUUUCCUCGACGUAGUCCCCAAGACGGCAUCGGGCAAAAUCCUUCGUCGCGAAAUGAGGGAAAUGGCCAAAAAGCUGCCAGCAGAAGCCUUCAAAGAGAAACGCAAGGUGGUCGCCAAAUUGUAA